AUGCCGACGGCCCGGGCCCAGCCCUGGAGCAACGCUGGGCCGGUACGGUACUGUACGGUAACCGGCCAUUUUGCGUACUGUACAGGAGUUCCUGCCCGUCUGCUUUACGGUAGCGGUACUACAGCACUUGAGAAGACAGCGGCCGCACCAGCGAUUGAAGACUACGAUGCGGGCUCUGAAAGUGACUAUGGUAAUGCUGAUGAGGAAUUGUUGUGCGAGGCGGAGAAGACAAACCCCGCGGGGUCGGAAACCCAUGCAAAGUCUACAAAACUGCUCGAACUAACCGAGAAGGGGGCCCAGGCCCAGCCAGAGUCUGGCGCCCCGCCCUCACGCGCAUUGGAGACCAUUCUCCGGGCCCUCUCCCGGCCUUCUGUCUUGCCCAAAAAGCAGCAAACUUAG